AUGAUGACGCAUAGGGAAUCUACUGACUGCAGCAGCGCCACGCUGCCGGCGUCGAUGCAGACCCUGCUGGACCGCUACACAGACCGCCAGCUAACUCAGCAGGAGCGUCUCGUCCUCGCGCACGCCACUCCGAGGGUGCGGUGUGAGGCGCUGCGAAUUUUCUUCGAAAUGAAUGACGCCGCCGCCGGCCUGGAGUACGUCCUGGCCAACGGCGGCGCCUCUCUCAACUCUCACGGCAACACCAGCGCCAAGGCCUCGCUUUCCAGCGGCGCUGCCGCCACCGCCUCUACAGCGGUGCCUCUUGUGGCCGCUUCAAAGGCCCUCAAGUCUCUGCCGAUCAACACGCUGACUGCCACAAGCGCAGGAGCGAAGUUAAACACGGCCGUCGCCUCUGACGCGAAGAGGCCUUUUGCUGCGUCAGUGCCGAACGACAACACGGCUCUCCAAGACGACGCGCGCAAGCCCAGGGGCACAGGCCGCACUGCUGUUCCCGCCAGUGGCAGCACCGCACCCUCGCUAGUGGCAAGCACCAGGAGUUGUUUGCGCCGUACGAGCGCGGCGCGACGCGGCGAGUCGGUGUGCACCCUCGUCACCGUCUCCUCCAUGUCGAGCGAGAGCAGCGAUGGUGACAAUGAGCUCCGACCGACCGAGACCCCAGUGAAAGAGGAAGAGGUGGGGGCAGACAUGCCGGCCACCGUGACGCUGCGUUAUCGUGCUUCCCGAAGCAGUGCCGUGGUGGCCUCCGCUGCUCCCAUUGUGCCCGCCUUGGCACUCGGUACCGUUCUGAAGCAGCAUGACAGCAUCUCCAGAAGUUCUCCCAGCGCUCGUGUUGCGCACAGCGAGUAUCGGCCCUCGGUGAGUCCUGCACUGACCACCACCACUGUCGCUGCCAACGCGCAGCCCCGAGAUGUCUCUCCGUCAGUCGCACCACCGCCACAUACCGAGCCCUUUUCACCGGCUACACCGAAGUCAGGCAUUACAGGAACCGCUGGUACUCGAGGCUCUGCGCCGGUCACACCUCCUCCGCUGCCCCCUACCCGCCACGAGGGCGCUGGCGACGACGAGGAGCCGCGGAAGACAGUGGCUGCCAAGCUCACAGCGUACCACGCGAACCCCACGGCUACGCUCGCCGCACCAGCACCGCAUCCGCAGCAGAAACACUGUGUUGCCUUCACGGACUCCAAGGCGAUGACUGUGCUGAGCGCUUACCGGCGCGGUUGCACCUCCUCGACCUUUCGCCACCACCACGAGGACGUGGGGCUUGCCUACACGGAGCCGUUGUGUAAUCACAGAAGCCCCUCGUCGUCCUGCACGCCGCCGCCGCCGUGGCUGGCUGGCGGUGGUACUACGAGCGUGUGCGGCACGGACUGGGCGGCAUUGGUCGCAGCGGCACCGGUUCCACCACUACCGGUGGCCUCAGUAGUGACAGCGACGAAACCUGCGACAGGAGUGCUAGGGUCUCCCAGGACGAGCCGUCGCCCGGCUCCGAAGGAAGUGGCUUGCACCACCCCUGCUCCUAGCCUUCGCUUUCCUUCAUCGCCCACCAAGGCGCUGGGCAGCCAGGCCAAUACAGCGCACGGCAGUGAGCUCGGCGAUGCGGCAGCCGCGGGCAACAACAAUGGCGGGGCAGGCAAGACUCAGCCGCCGCCGCGCACGCCGCGUGUGUCCUUCGAGGGCAAAAAGCCCGAAUCGGGGGGCAGUGGCAACCAAUCACCUCGCAGGAAGCGGCGCUCAGACAGUGGUGUGUCCAAGUUGUCACCGCCGUCUCCCUCGUCGAAGCUCAGCGGCGCUUCCCCUGUGAAGCGCGGUGUUGCUUGGGAUGAGACGACGGGAACGUAUAUAACGCAUCCGAACCAGCGUCAGCGGCAGGGGGCUGCUCACAGCGUCGCCGUGGCGGCCGGUGCAGCUACCUUGACAGCACUGCCGUCUGCAGCGCCGCGGGGUGUCGGCACCUCUGCGCUAGAGAUACCUGACAAGCUUCACUACUACUUCGCUCGCACCGCGUCGUCGACGGUGGCCAGCGGGGACAUGGCGGCGGCGCAGGCAGCAAAGCCGACUCCUUUUGGUCCCUUGUGUUCUUCUGCCAUGCAUUUUGGUCGAGGUGAGGAUGCGACGUCAGCACUAUCGGCUGCUGCAGCGCUGCUGUCGGCGAAGGCUGUCAAGCAGAAGAAGUGCGAGUCGGAGGCGACGCGGAGCAAGACGCCGACCGGAGUCUCCACUUGGAAGAAGUCAAUCGAGACCAAAAUGGCUGCAGCGGCGCUGGCUGCCCCUCUAAUGGUGGUGCCAGCUGUGAGAAGCCCGUGCUUGGCGGAAAAUCAGCGGUUUCGCAGCGGCUGCGUACCCGCCAAGUAUGACCUCUGUGGACCCAGCGGGGAGACGAUCAUGGUACAGCACCAAGGCCCACAGUACCCUCCUCAGCUGCUUGCUGCUGCUGCGGCGGCCAACGUUUCACCAAACAAGCUCCCUCGUACCGCUUCUGCUGGGAAAACGGUGCAGCUUGCGGCAGAAAAGGCGCCAGCGGUGCGGUUUGAGCGAUACUACAGCAUGAUGAGCGGUGGUGGGGUGGAGGUGGUGGAAGUAGAGACGGCUCAGUCGAGUGCGCACGCGUCUUGCCCCUCAGCCAUCCGUACUCCACGCAGCGCGCGAUUCCCAGCCCAGCAGCAGCCACGUGGGAGGGUUGGGGAUCGCGCUGCCGCUAUGUAUGCACGCGGUUGGGCUGCCAACCCUACCUAUCAGGCGUGUGGAGCGGCGGCGCAGGUCUGCGCCGGUCCGGUGCCGCCGGCGCAGUGCAGCGUCUUCGAGCGACUGGCUUCUAACUACUACAAUGUCUAUUCAAGCGCGACGGCGCUUCAAGCAGUCUCACCACCGCCGGUGGCGUUUUCUCCACGGGGCGACCGCUCUGACCGGGAGCGCCAUCAGUUGCCACGCCGCCGCAACCUCAGCGCACCGGUGGCCAGGACGCACAGGGGCCGUGCACGUUGCCCUGCCACUCUGCAGGCAGUGCCCAAAGGUUUUCUCAGCCCGAGGGGGAUGCGCAAGGGCGAGCAGGAGCGCACCGCUGCACCGGUGUCAAGCAUGUUUGCCCGAAGCAACGCUUCUUCCUAA